CAGCCCCGCCCUCCAGCCCAUCCCAAGAUGGCGGGUGAGUGGGUCCAGGCUCCGGGGUCUCGGAGCGGCUCCCCUCCCCCUCCCCGGCAGCCUCCCCGCCCCGCGAGCCCGGGACUCGCCGCCCGCGCAGCCCCGCGGGACUCCUGUGUGUCUUGAUUUUUCAGAGAUCCCUCUGUACUUUGUGGACUUGCAGGAUGACUUACAUGACUCCAGAUUGUUGCCAGAGGACUACUGGAUGUUUUCCAGGAUGUCAGCCACAGUGACGAGGACGUUUUGGCAGUCAUGGAGGUGAUGGUCCGUCUGUCAGAAGAUGCAGGUCAGGAAAUCCAGCCAGGAAGUGCUGCUGGCUCUUCUGGAGCAAGCUCUAAUUUCCCAGGGUGAUGUCGAAGGCAAGUUGUGUCCCGUUCUGCUGGAGCGCUCUGCCCCUGCCUGUGAUGACGAGUGCAGAGCAGAGGCCAUGAGCAUAAUCUGCAGAAUGGCAUCCAUGCUGACUAAGAGCACAGUUAAGCACCUGCUGCUGCCUCGAUUCUGUGAACUGUGUAGUGACGGGAAACUCUUCCAAGUUUGGAAGGUCUGGGCCACGCAUUUUGGUGAUAUUUGUCAUGCUGUUGGACAAGAAGCCACUGAGAAAUUUUUGAUACCAACGUUUUUUGAGCUAUGCUCCGAUGACAUGUGGGGGAUGCGGAAAGCAUGCGCUGAAUGCUUCGUUUCCGUGUCCUACAACACCUCCCCUGAGGUCCGCAGGUCCCAGCUCUCGCCUCUCUUCAUCAGACUCAUCCGUGAUCCCUGUCGAUGGGUGCGCCAAGCCGCCUUCCAGGCACUCGGGCCCUUUAUCUCCACGUUUGCAAGUCCGUCCCGGGCUGGCCUGUGUGUCCAGGAGGACGGCACCCUGAGCAUCCGGCCACCGAGCCAAGAGGGGGAGUCUGCCUUUGCCUCGGGGAGGCCCAGCAUUUGCAGUACCACCUCCUCAGCAGGUUCUAAAACACCUGUGCACAUGGAGCCAGAUCUCCUUCCAGAAGGGACCUCAGCAGAGAGACCAGUCAUCUGCAUGACAGCACUUCUUCUGCAGACACAAGAGAAAACCAGCCAGGGAGCCUGUCCUCCACCAGAGCUGAAAGAUCAGACGGAGCCUCAGAAUAGAACCAGUGUGCAUCUGGAGACGGAGCACGGGCAAGAACCUACCACACUCGAGGAGAAGAAAGCUAAAGUGCAGGAUAUAACCCCUCAGCCUCUGCUUGACCAGUUCGUGUCCAUGACUGACCCAGCUAGAGCCCAGACUGUGGACACUGACAUCACCAAACACUGUGCCUACAGCCUCCCUGGGGUGGCCCUGACCCUUGGCCGGCAGAACUGGCACUGUUUGAAGGACACCUAUGAAACUCGGGCUUCCUUCCGGUGGUCAGGUAAAGGGUCUUGUUCGGAAGUGCAGACAGAAAGGGUAGCAUCUGAGCAGGAGGCCCCGGGGGCUGCAGCACAGCUUGCCCAUCUGACUUCCCAUGUGCCUUGGAAGGUCCAGCGGACCCUCGCCUUUUCCAUUCAUGAGCUGGCAGUGAUUCUCGGGGAUCAGUUGACGGCAGCUGACCUGGUGCCUGUCUUCAGUGGCUUUCUAAAGGAUAUGGAUGAAGGUAGGGGUCCCUCUGCUUGUCAUUGCAGGCAACUGAUCCUGAUCUUGGAUCUCUAUGGUCCCAGCGGUUACCUGAGGCACGUUGCCCUGAAGUUGUGUGCAGAAGCUUCUCAAGUGCGCUGGAUUUCCUUCAAGCUAGUGGGGGCCAUGCUAUGCAAGUUCUACUCCCAUGGUGCGUCUGCUCUGGGGCUCGGCUUCAUCCAGGAGCUCACCUCGAGGUUCUGGCACUGCCCUAAGUGGGUCGGAAGACAAGCUUUUGCCUGCAUCUGUCAGGCUGUGGUGAGUGAAGAGUCUGUUCCUGUGGACCAGUUUGUGGAUCACCUCCUUCCCAGCCUCCUGAGCCUGGCGUCUGAUCCUGUGCCAAAUGUGAGGGUUCUGCUGGCCAAGGCCCUGCGGCAGACACUGCUGGAGAAGGCAUAUUUUAGAAAUGCCGGGAACCAUCAUCUUGAAAUUGUUGAAGAGACCCUCCUGGCUUUGCAGUCUGACCUGGACCAAGAUGUUUCAUUUUUUUGCUUCCUUCGAACCAAAGAUGCAGAAUGCUAUAGACAACACUAUACUGGAAAACUAGAACUCACACCCUGUGACGGGUACACAGAGAUGGCUUCAGUGCACACAUGCCUGUAACUCGAAGGGAAUCCAGUUGAAUCAUAGCUUCUGGAAGAGGCUUAUUUCAGGUGACAGGGCAGCCCUAUGCUUCUCACCCUUGUAGACCUGAUCCUUGGCAGUUUAGAAAGGUUGUAGAUCCAGGCACCGAUAACUCUCUGGUUCCACGCGAGCAGUUGGUUUUUAGGAGAGACUGAGUUACUUAAAAUCUCCUGAGAGUCUGGUAUAAUUGUUCACAUCUGUAACCCCAGCACCUAGGAGGCUGGGACAGGGAGAUCAGGAGUUCAAGGUCAAUCUAGAGAAUUCCAAGUCUGUCUGAGCUACCUAACAAAACCCUGUCCAAGUAAACGAAACAUAAUACAGCUCCCCUCGCCAAUAAAGCAAUUUAGUGGA